AUGGAGAAAAGCUUAAACUCAACACUGCACAAAUCUAGAGCCUUGAAAAGAGAAUUUGAUGCUUCGGACAACGACAAGUGUUUGAAGGAUCAAAUGAAUUAUACCAAGGAGAAUAUAAAUGCAGCCAUUGAAAGAGCUGAUCACGUGACUGUGGCAAACAUUAUUGGUACACAAAUACGCAGGACAACAUACUAUGGCAAAAAGAUCAUGAAGCAGGCAUUCAUUAAGGCUUGCCUGGCAGGCGAUAACCGUAUCGUGUGUCUGCUGCUACGUAAUGGAGCUGACGUCAACGAGGCGUCCAUUGAAGACUUCACACCACUCAAGGCUGCUGUUCUGUCUAAUUCUUACCAAACUGUUGAGCUGUUGCUGGAAUGUGAAGCGAGUGCCAAAACUCCUACUAAACCUUCUCAAGACAACGUGCUUCAUGUGGCGCUGAAGGGAGGAUUUUACCCAAGCCUUGUCAUAGGCUCAGAAAGAUGGGAUGCCGAGUUCCUAACUGAUACAAAAAUUAUAAAACUUUUGAUUGACCAUGGGGCAUCAGUUAACCAGAAAUGUGCCAACGGUUACCUGACCUUGUCACUUGCUGCCUCUUCCAACAGAGAUGCUGUCAUCACUCACCUCAUUAAGAAAGGCGCUGAUGUCAACAGCGUGGACAGUAGGUAUGGGAUGACUCCCCUGAUGCACGCAGAUAUUGCAGGCAAUGUCUACAUCGUAAGACAGCUUCUAAAAUAUAAAGCAGCCAUAGACAUCACAGACCAAUGGGACUAUACAGCUCUCAUGUUGGCUGCUCAGUUCAAUAAGCCUUUAGUUGUCUCAGCCUUAAUUCAAGAAGGCGCUGAUGUCAACAAGGUCAGUGGCUUUGACGGAAAGAGCGCCCUAAUUUUGGCAAUAGAGUCCUACUGUUGUGACACAGUUAAUAUUCUGCUGGAAAACGGCGCGGACGUGAACUAUAGAAAGCCAAUCCACAAGAGUGGGACGACUGCCUUGAUGAUAGCCGCUCAAAAUGGUUUCAUAGAAGCCGUGGAGAGUUUAUUAUCUUACAAUGCAGAUGUGGAUCUAAGAGACGAGGAUGGACAUACCGCGGAAUAUAAUAUCAUGGAGAAAAGCUUAAACUCAACACUGCACAAAUCUAGAGCCUUGAAAAGAGAAUUUUCUGCUUCGGACAACGACAAGUGUUUGAAGGACAAAAUGAAAUAUACCAUGGUGAAUAUAAAUGCAGCAAUUGAAAGUGGAGAUCACGUGACUGUGGCCAACAUAAUUGGUACACAGAUACGCAGGACAACAUACUAUGGCAAAAAGAUCAUGAAGCAGGCAUUCAUUAAGGCUUGCCUGGCAGGCUAUUGCCGUAUCGUGUGUCUGUUGCUACGUAAUGGAGCUGACGUCAACGAGGCGUCCAUUGAAGACUUCACACCACUCAAGGCUGCUGUUCUGUCUAAUUCUUACCAAACUGUUGAGCUGUUGCUGGAAUGUGAAGCGUGUGCCAAAACUCCUACUAAGCCUUCACAAGACAACGUGCUUCAUGUGGCGCUGAAAGGAGGAUUUCACCCCAGCCUUGUCAUAGGCUCAGAAAGAUGGGACGCCGAGUUCCUAACUGAUACAAAAAUUAUAAAACUUUUGAUUGACCAUGGAGCUUCAGUUAACCAGAAAUGUGCAAACGGUUACCUGCCCUUGUCACUUGCUGCCUCUUCCAACAGAGAUGCUGUCAUCACUCACCUCAUUAAGAAAGGCGCUGAUGUCAACAGUGUUGACAGUAGGUAUGGGAUGACUCCCCUGAUGCACGCAGCUAUUUCAGGCAAUGUCUACAUCGUUAGACAGCUUCUGAAAUAUAAAGCAGCCAUAGACAUCACAGACCAAUGGGACUAUACAGCUCUUAUGUUGGCUGCUCAGUUCAAUAAGCCUUUAGUUGUCUCAGCCUUAAUUCAAGAAGGCGCUGAUGUCAACAAAAGCAUUAGGAUUGGUCAGUGUGGUCAGUGUGAUAAAAAGGCGCAAAAAAUACAGGAUAAUAUCAUGGAGAAAAGCUUAAACUCAACACUGCACAAAUCUAGAGCCUUGAAAAGAGAAUUUUCUGCUUCGGACAACGACAAGUGUUUGAAGGACCAAAUGAAAUAUACCAUGGAGAAUAUAAAUGCAGCAAUUGAAAGAGGAGAUCACGUGAGUGUGGCCAAUAUUAUUGGUACACAGAUACGCAGGACAACAUACUAUGGCAAAAAGAUCAUGAAGCAGGCAUUCAUUAAGGCUUGCCUGGCAGGCGAUAGCCGUAUCUUGUGUCUGCUACUUCGUAAUGGAGCUGACGUCAACGAGACUUCCAUUGAAGACUUCACACCACUCAAGGCUGCUGUUCUGUCUAAUUCUUACCAAACUGUUGAGCUGCUACUGGAAUGUGAAGCUAGUGCCAAAACUCCUACUAAGCCUUCACAAGACAACGUGCUUCAUGUGGCGCUGAAGGGAGGAUUUCACCCCAGCCUUGUCAUAGGCUUAGAAAGAUGGGACACCGAGUUCCUAACUGAAACAAAAAUUAUAAAACUUUUGAUUGACCAUGGGGCAUCAGUUAACCAGAAAUGUGCAAACGGUUACCUGCCCUUGUCACUUGCUGCCUCUUCCAACAGGGAUGCUGUCAUCACUCACCUCAUUAAGAAAGGCGCUGAUGUCAACACCGUGGACAGUAGGUAUGGGAUGACUCCCCUGAUGCACGCAGCUAUUGCAGGCAAUGUCUACAUCGUAAGACAGCUUCUGAAAUAUAAAGCAGCCAUAGACAUCACAGACCAAUGUGACUAUACAGCUCUCAUGUUGGCUGCUCAGUUCAAUAAGCCUUUACUUGUCUCAGCCUUAAUUCAAGAAGGCGCUGAUGUUAACAAGGUCAGUGGCUUUGACGGAAAGAGCGCCCUAAUUUUGGCUAUAGAGUCCUACUGUUGUGACACAGUUAAUAUUCUGCUGGAAAACGGCGCAGACGUGAACUAUAGAAAGCCAAUCCACAAGAGUGGAACGACUGCCUUGAUGAUAGCCGCUCAAAAUGGUUUCAUAGAAGCCGUGGAGAGUUUAUUAUCUUACAAUGCAGAUGUGGAUCUGAGAGACGAGGAUGGACAUACCGCUGAAUGUUUGUGUUCAGAUAGUGAAAUACUUGAACUACUAAAUAUGUGA